AUGGCCCAGGGGUCUCGCUCCGGUGGCUUUCUGCCUCCGCUCGCCACCGUGCCGCCGUUUUGGUCACAACCAGAAGGCGCUGUGGAAGAGCAGUGGGAGAGAAGGCAGGCGGGCGCUCUCGGCGGGGACUUUCGUGGCUGGCCGCGGCUGCCGGUUGCCGGGAGCAUUCCCUGCCUGAACCCACGGCCCGGCGGAGCUCGGGGAGCGCAGCCGUGGUGGGCUGCGCCGGCGCCAGCAGACGCAGGAGAGCACCGCGAGGCGGGCGCUGCAGACUGGUGGCAGGAGCCGGCAGCCGGCCGCCCCAUUCCUCCCGCGCUGCAGCGUCUCCGGGCCGUGUUGCUGCGGCUGCAUCGUGAGCGGGAGCAGCUCCUUCAAGCCCGGGACUGCGCCUGCCACCUACAGAUGGCCGUGCACCUCCUGAGGAUCCUGAGUCCCAGCGCGACGGCCCUUGGCCCCGGCCCCUUGACUCAGCUGUGCCGCGACCUGCUGCUGCUGCCUUCCCGUGGGGCUGUCCUGCGAAGCGGCCUACGGGAGACUCCGGAGCCGCUACUCCUGGCGCGUCCCGUUGGACUGGCCGCUCAGCGCCUGGAUGCUGCCAUCGAGAUGCAGCUUCGGGCUCUGGGUCGGGAGCCUGCCAGCCCGGGCUUGUCGUCCCAACUUGCUGACGUGCUCUUGGCACUUCCCGCCUACCACCAGCUGAUGGGAAAAGCCUUGAGCCAAAUUCCGGGGGCAGCGCGCCCUUUCCCACCCCUCCGUGUGCUCCACCUCCUGACGGGGGAGCGGGGUUGCCAGGUGGCUGGUCAGCUAGAUGAGGCGCUCAAGGGGUCGGGCUUGCGGGACCACCUCCGAAGUCGGUGCCAGGAGGAGCGGGAGCUGCUGCCCGGGCUGCUGGGGCUGCUGGGGGGUGUGAGUGAUUCAGCCAGCAGUGGACUGGGGCUUGGAGGGGCUGGAGCCCUGUGGAGCCAGUACUGGACCCUGCUGUGGGCAGCUUGUGCUCAGAGUCUGGACCUAAGUCUAGGACCCUGGAGGGACCACAGGGCAGCCGCACAACAACUGAGUCAGGCACUGGGUCAGGCAUCCCUGCCUCAGGAGUGUGAGAAGGAGCUGGCUUCUUUGUGUCGCAACCUAUUUCAUCAGUCUCUUAUCUGGAAUUGGGACCAAGGCUUCUGCCAGGCCUUGGGAUCUGCUGGUGAAGAUCAGAGCAGCCGUCCCUCAUCCUCAUAUACCACUGAACUUUUGCAACAGCUUUUCCCUCCUCUCUUGGAUGCCCUUCAACAACCCAGGUCAGGGCUGCUCCUCUGUCAGCCUCCAGAUCCUGCACCCCUUGCUUUAGGGCUCUGUACCCUGCAGACCACCUUGCUCUGGUUUUUGGGUAGAACUCAGCAGCAUCUGGCAGCAUGGGCCCCAGAUUCUUUCCUGCUUCUGAUCCAGAAGGACUUACCUGUGAGUAGCUGGGGAGUGGGCAGGAGAGGAGCCUGGGCUGGGCUGAAAUCUCACUUCCCAUUUCUGCCAAAGCCUCUAUUGCAUGAGGCGGCAGCUCUGUCUAGACUGGCCUCAGAAGAAAGUUUGUCCCUGGAGGUGGAGCAGCAGCUGGGCCUGGAGAUCCAGAAGCUAACCACACAGAUCCAGCUCCUGCCUGAAGAGUCACUAAGUCUCUUUUUUCAAGAAUGUCAUAAACAAGCCACACAGGGCUUCGAACUCUACAUGCCACGGGGCCGGUACUGGCGGCAUCGUCUCUCUCCUGAACUGCCCAGCAUUCCCAGUGAGUAUGCUGGAUUGGUGGUUCGCACUGUACUGGAGCCUGUGCUGCAAGGAUUGCAGGGAUUGCCGCCCCAAGCCCAGGCCCCUGCCCUUGGCCAAGCACUGACAGCCAUCCUGGGUGCCUGGCUUGACCACAUCCUCAGGCACGGGAUACGGUUCAGCCUGCAGGGGGCGCUGCAGCUCAGACAAGACUUUGGAGUGGUCCGGGAGUUGCUGGAGGAGGAGCAGUGGGGCCUGUCGCAAGAACUUCGCCAGUCUCUGCUCACACUCAACAUCUUCCAGAGGCUGGAUGGGGCCCUGCUGUGUCUAUUCCAGCAGCCCCUGCCCAAGCCUGAAGUCCACAGGAGGCCUCCCUGUUGCUGUAUAUGCAAUGAGGUCCAGACCAUGGAAUUGCCCAGCAGCAGCCUCAACAGCUUGGAGAACUUGGAGCCCCCUCUUCGGCCUGGAGCACCCCCAGCCCAGACAGCUCAGCUGCUAAGCACACUAUGGGGAGGGGGACCUAGCCCAGAGGCUUACCUGGUGGGAAAUCAGCAGGCCUGGCUUGCCCUGAGGCAGCACCAGCGCCCCCGUUGGCACUUGCCUUUUCUUUCAUGCCUGGGGACCAGUCCCGAAUCCUAAGGAAC